AUGGCUACACACAAUGAUUUCAUCAAGGAUAUAACAAUUUCGAAAAUGCAAUGGAAGUUGAAAGUUCGGGUUGUUCGUCUGUGGGAAGUCCCAGAUCGUUACAAUUCAGACACUACUUUCUCGAUUGAAUUGGUUCUACAAGAUGAAAAGGAAAAUCGGAUACAAGCUUCUAUUGGCAAGUCAGUGCUGCAUCUUUUCAAAACACAAAUUAAUGAGCUUGAAUUAUAUGUUAUGGCGUACUUUAUCGUUUGUCAAAAUAAAGAGAGGUUCAAAAUCACAAAACAUAACUUAAGGCUCACAUUUACUCAACGGACAACAGUGGCUGAAAUAUCUGAUCCACUUUUCCCAAUGAAUAUCUUUGAUCUGCGGCCAUAUGAUCAAUUGAUAAAUAAGGUUGAUGUGGACGAGACUGAAUUAUUCGAUCUGAUCGGAGAAAUUGUCAGUUUUAGUGAGGUAAAAAGGCACAUACAAGCUGGAAUUUCUACGAAGUUUAUGAAUAUCGAACUAGAAGAUUAUGAGAGGAACAAGUUGUCUGCUACAUUCUGGGGCAAAUUUGUUGAUCAAAUUGUACCUCACCUGCUAAAUUCUAACAAUCAACCUAUUGUUGUUGUUAUGCAGCUUAUAAAAGCACAUAAAUUUCAAGAUUCAUAUUUUGUGCGCAAUACUUGGAAUACAUCAAAGCUAUGGAUUAAUCCAAAUUUUUCUCAAUAUGACGAAUUAAUUUCUGUUCGAGAUAAUUACUCUGAAAGGUUGACUCAAACCAUCUCUCAACAGAGUUACUCCGUCUCGGAAGAAUUAGCAAAAGACGUUGUUCAAGUUAAAAUAAUUGGCGAAUUAAUGGAGUUCAUGCAA